AUGAUGGUCCGCGAAAUGUCAGAAACGGCAGCAGCCGACGCUCAACUGAAGGGCGAAGAGGAUGAACCUGCCGUGUCAGAAGAAGAGAGCAAACCGCUUUCUGUCUGCAUCAUGACGAAAUCGCAAUUACCAGAGACUCAGGAAAAGGAGUCGGAUGAGAAGAGACGCGCCUGUUCGGUGAAAUCGGUUGACUCACAAGCUCCAUCGUUGAAAAGCGUCAGAAACGGUAUUGCCAGCAAAAUUGCCAAGAGAACCAUCAAACACGAGCAGAGUCUGAAACGAAAGGUGUCCAAAUCACAACGAAAGGAGAAACGUGCUACCAAAACCCUUGGCGUUGUCGUUGGCGUAUUUCUGAUUUGUUGGGUCCCGUUCUUCUUCAUCAACAUCGUCAAUGCGAUAUGUGUCCUGAUGAAAAAAGAAUUCUGCCAGGUGGGUUUUUUUAAGUUGCGAGUCGAGCCCAUGGAAUAG